UAGAAAAAGAAGUAAUAGUUGAGCCAAAUUGGGUUGAACUUCCAAGAGAUGUAACGGCAAACAUCCUCCAGAGGCUAGGGACGAUUGAAUUAUUGACCAGUGCAUGUCAAGUUUGCCCCUUAUGGUGGAAUAUCUGCAAGGAUCCUCACAUGUGGCGAACCAUUAACAUGACCAAGGUCCCUUCUUCACGCUAUUAUUUUCAGGAUGAAUUGGUGAAGAUUUGUAGCAAAGCAAUUGAGCAAAGUUGUGGUCAGCUAGAAAACAUUGAUAUCUUUGAUAUUGAUUUUAUUGUAACGGAUGAUCUUCUUGCAUUCAUAGCCGACAGGUAAUUAACUUUGUAGUAUUUUCCUUUCCUUUGAAUGUUACCUUUUUAAUAUGUCCUGCAGUAAAUUUUACAGUGCUGGUCAUCUAAGACACAUGCGGCUUUCAAUGGUUGGAAGGCUCUCAAAUGAAGGAUUUAUUGAAUCUAUUAAGAAACUGCCACAUUUAGAAAGUCUUGAGAUUUCAUAUGUCGGUCAAUUGUCGAAGGAAACCUUUGAAGUCAUUGGCCGACAUUGCCCUCUUUUAAAAACAUUGAAAUGCUUUUGGACUGUAUUAGAUAUCGAUGAUGUAGAUAUCGACGUGUCAGUUGCUAUUGCCGAAACAAUGCCAAGACUUCAGCAUCUCAAAUUUUCUGGAAAUAUGCCUACUAAUGAAGGAUUGCUUGCCAUUUUAGAUGGAUGUCCUCUACUUGAAUCUCUUGACUUGGAAGAAUGUUAUUCUUGUUUCUCUUUUGGCUAUAGUGAAAGCUUGGAGAAAAGGUGCAGGGAAAAAAUUAAAGAUUUUCGACCUCCAAAUUGCUACUUUUCUGACGACUGUUAUUCAGACUGAGACAUUGUAAGUCAGAAUAUUCUAAUUCGUCCGGUCACGAAGACUUGUUUUAAUAUUUUACAAUAAUGAUGUCGAUAGACGUGGUCGAAUUGUUGUUUUCAUU